AUGGAAACUUAUGAAGAGUGUGUGUACAGGGCAAAACUAAGUGAAAAAGCAGAGAGGUUCAAGCAGAUGGUAGAGUGCAUGAAGGCAGCAGUCAAGUAUGCUAGUUCCAUGGGAAAAAGCAUCGGCAUAGAGGAGAGGAAUAUGCUUUCCGUGGCAUACAAAAACCAAGUGGGUGUAAGAAGGACGUCCUGGAGAAUACUCAGCAAAUCCUUACAGGAGUGCAAAUUGGCAGAGCAAAAUUCAAAUGACGCAGCGAGCGAGAAGAACGUGCAGAUAGUCAUGGAUUAUAUUAAGACAGUAGAGAGGGAAUUGAAUGAUAUCUGCGAUGACCUACUCUCAUUACUAGACUCGUACUUGGUCCAAGACACUGCAAAGGACUCGCAAGUGUUUUUCCUAAAAAUGAAAGGCGACUAUCUUAGGUACAAGGCAGAAAUAGCAACGGAGGGAUAUCUAGUAGAGGUAUCUCAGCAGGCGCACGAUGCAUACCAGAGUGCAAUGGAAAUAGCCAAUGCAAGCCUGCCGCCAACAAAUCCAACCCGCCUAGGGCUAUAUUUAAACUAUUCUGUCUUUUGCUUUGAAAUACUGAACGAAAGAACUCGAGCAAUAGAAAUGGGCAAGAAGGCAUUUGACGAAGCAAUUUCCGAGCUGGACUCAUUAACCGAGGAAAGCUACAAGGAUUCUACUCUUAUUAUGCAGUUAUUACGGGAUAAUCUUUCCUUAUGGACAACUGAGUAUGCAGAAGAUAUUGCAUACUAG